CAUUUCCAAAUUGGGAGAUUUUAGAAGAUAGACCCAAGAAUCAGGCUGCCUGUGCCUCCCACCCCCAGGGGGAAGAACUGGGAGGGGUAGAGCCUCUCUUGUCUGCCCCCUCUUCUGCCUUUAUCACCUCCUCUGCUCUCUUUUCCCAUUGACCAGAUCUCCCUCCCUCCCUUGACUCUCCCCAUCUGGCCCCUGUUCCCUGGAGCCCCAUCUCCUUUCCCUGAGACUCCCCAACCAGACUUCCAGUGUCUAUCUGUCUUGCUGUGACUCUUCCUUUCGACUCUUUCCAGUUCCCCAGUCCCAAGGCCUCUCCUGGGUUUUCCCAUUUCUCUCUGUCUCUUUCUCUCUGUCUCUCUUCCCUUCUCUCCGGCCAGAGAACCAGCCCGUACACGCCCUCUCUCCUCCCGCCUCUCAGUCGGUAUCUCUCUAGGUCUCCUCCCCAGCCCCGCCCCUGCCGCUCCCUGGCCCCUGGGGGCUCCCCCGCUCCCCUCCCCUCCAGACUGACUCAGUCUGGGAGGGAGGCAGCUGCCAGAGGAGCUUGACCUGACCAAAGCUGGCGGGCCUGGGCCACGGCCCUGGCCCUGAACUCCCGGGGACCCCCCCUAACCCUGGGGGUCCCCUGCCAUGCGCUGCUCCAAGUGUAUGCUCUGUCUCUUGGCCCUCCUCACCCUGCUGGCUCUUAAGGUUUACAUCGAGUGGAGCUCAGACCCUCUGCGGCCCAAGAGAUACCAGGAGGGGCACGAGUCAGGGACCCUAACCAACCCCAGCGCCUUCACAUUCGAGCCGUCCCUUCCUGCCAACCUUUCAGGGCGCCUGGGCCAGACAGGAGCCCUGGCUACAGCUUACUGGAACAAGCAACAGCAGCUGUUCCAGGCCCUGCCCGGGGUGGGUGGCUCUGCGGCAGGGGAUUGCCAGGCUUGGGGGAAGGCAGCAGCAGCCACGAUCCCAGACUUCACCUUCUAUCCGGAGCCUCACCAGCGCUUCCUCCUCUCGGCUGCUUGCCGUGAUUACCCCUGGUGGGUGUCGGGGUCCGUGGUUCCCAGCUGCCUAGGCUCGGAUGCCCCCUACCUGCUGCUGGCCGUGAAGUCAUCUGCAGGCAGAUUUGGGGAGCGCCAGGCCAUUCGAGAGACGUGGGGCGGGUCUGAGCAUGGGGUCCGCCUUCUUUUCCUCCUGGGCUCCCCUCGGGGAGAGCCAGGCCCUGACCUGGGUCCCCUGGUGGAAUGGGAGAGUCGUCGCUACAGGGACCUCCUGCUCUGGGACUUCUUGGAUGUCCCCUUCAAUCGAAGCCUCAAGGAUGUGCUGUUCCUCCGGUGGCUGGCCCAUCACUGCCCCCAGGUGACCUUUGUCCUCAGGGCAGAGGACAAUAGCUUUGUCAACAUCAAGGCCCUGCUGAAGCUGCUCCGGGGGCUGCCCCCGGCCACGGCCCGAGGCCUCUACCUGGGCCAUGUCUUUGACCAGGCCUUACCCAUCCGGACCCCCAAAGGGCCCUACUAUGUGCCCGAGUCCUUCUAUGCUGGCCCCUACCCAGCCUAUGCCAGUGGGGGCGGCUAUGUAUUUGCCGGGGAGCUUGCCCCGUGGUUGCUCCGGGCUGCUGACAGGGUGGUUCCCUUCCCCAUUGACGAUGUCUAUUCUGGCCUCUGCUUCCAAGCACUGGGCCUGGCCCCCCAGAAUCAUCCUGGAUUCCUUACCAACUGGCCAACCAGAGGCAAGCAAGAUAACCCCUGCAUCCACCAGCGCCUGGUGCUAGUUCAGCCCCGGGACCCCCAGGAGACCAUUCAGCUUUGGAAGCUUAUGCAAAACCUCCAAGUCCAUUGCUGAGGCCUUGGCAGCAGAUGGGGGUGGGGUGGACCUUCUCUGCUGUGGGCCCCUCCCACAAUCUACAGCUCUGCUCUGGAACCUCUCCCUCUGGGGUCCCAGCUUGUGAGGGAGGCUGGGGGCCUUUGUGCUGACAGCUGGCUGCAGGACCCAGACCGACUCUAUCCCUGCAGUGAUGCUCUCCUGCUCUGGACGCUGGAAGGACAAGGCUGUAUGCGGCUUAUAUUUAUUUAAAACACUCCCUUUCCUGAA